GCCUGGUCAAAAACGACAUCGGCCCUGGAACACCUUAUAUAGGACACAAGACCCCGUAGAUUGGUGCAACAGACACUCAACGUAUCUCUCUUUCAUACACACUUUCCCAUCAUGUCAGACCUCAAAGCAACCGUCGCCGAGACUAAGAACGGCUUCCACGUCGAGGGUUAUGAGAAGAUUGAAUAUGACUUCACCUUCAUGGACGGCGUCUUCAACCCCGCCAACCCUCAGCUUUCCAACUGCUACGAGCGAUGGGGCCGUUGCCUUGCCAUCAUGGACUUGAACAUUUUCAAUGUCUAUGGCAAGCAGAUGCAGACUUACUUCGACCACUACAACAUGCCAUUGACUAUCCACAAGACCAUGAUUGGUGAGAAGGCCAAGUCCAUCGAGACUCUGCUUAGUAUCGUCGACUCCAUGACUGAAUUCGGCAUUAUCCGCAAGGAGCCUGUCCUGGUAGUAGGCGGUGGUUUAGUGACUGAUGUUGCUGGAUUCGCGUGUGCUGCCUACCGCAGAAGCACCAACUUCAUCCGGAUUCCUACCACAGUCAUUGGUCUCAUUGACGCCAGUGUCAGCAUCAAGGUUGCCGUUAACUACGGCAACUACAAGAACAGGCUGGGUGCUUACCACGCUCCCAUUCACACCUUCUUGGACUUUUCAUUCCUGAAGACCCUUCCCGAGGCACAAGUCCGAAAUGGCUUUGCCGAGUUGAUCAAGAUUUCGACAUGCGCUCACAAGCCCACAUUCGAUCUCCUUGACAAGUACUGUGAGAAGCUAAUUACUUCUCGCUUUGGUCGUGAGGGAGACGACCAGGAGGUCCGCCAGGCCGCUGACACCAUCAACCGUGCUGGCAUCCACGAGAUGUUGAAGCUGGAGACACCUAACCUUCACGAGAUCGGUCUUGACCGUGUCAUCGCCUACGGCCACACAUGGAGCCCUCUUCACGAGCUCUCCCCCCCUACACCGCUUCGCCACGGACACGCCAUCUCUAUCGACAUGGCUUACUCCGCGACGUUGGCUAAUCAGCGUGGUCUUCUCUCAGACGAGGAGCACCGCAGGCUGUUGAACUUGUUCUCUCGUGCUGGUCUGUCCAUGGACCACGAGAUGUUCGACGAGGACAUGCUUGACAAGGCCACCAAGGCUAUCCUCAAGACCCGUGAUGGUCUCCUCCGUGCUGCCGUUCCUAACCCCAUCGGUACAUGUGUUUUCCUGAACGAUGUAUCGGCUGAUGAGAUGAACACCGCUCUGCGAAGGCACAAGGAGCUGAUGAAGGAAUACCCCCGCAACGGUGAGGGUCUCGAGGCUUACGUGGACGCAUCCGAUACAGGAUACACACAGAACGAUGUUGCCAUCGAGGAUGCCCUGAAGAAGGACGAGGUUGCCGAGAAGCUGAGCAAUGGGAAGGCUGAUGGACUAAGCAAUGGCCACAAGCAGGCUAACAACGGCAUUCCUGUUGGCCUUCAGGGCAUUGCCAAUGGUUACUCCAAUGGUUACAAGAACUAGAUUCGAAAGGAAAAGGAUAAAAAAGCUUGGGAAAAGUACUUGUCUGACGGCUGGUCUGAGUACGUCAGGAAGUUAGACCGCGUUGCACUUAAAACUUAAACCUCUUCGAUACCAAACAUUUCAAUUCUCACAACCCAACAUCCGAGCAUGUUGCCUGUGAUCAAGUCGUUGUCCUCUUCUCUCGCCUUUAGUCCCUUUCUAUCCGCAUUAUAUCGUUCAAUGCCUCUAGAU